AUGGCUCACCUCAGCACCAUCUUCAACCAUGCUUUCUGUGUCGCCCUUGGCCCUCUCUACUCUUGCAAAUCCACGAUUGUUGCACGUCCAUCGAAGUCGAAGGCUCAGUACAUACGAGUGCGUAAGCACAGUGCGGCCCCAGAAGCGGUAUAUCAACUCGUCGAAAGAGCCGAAGAUCAUCAUGGGCGGAAGCUCGAGUUGUACAAGAGGAUGCACAAUACUGCUCUUGACCAAGGGGACGAGGAGCUGAAGGAGCACAUUGCGGUGACUCAGCGAAAGCAUCGCAAGCAAAACUACGACAUGGACGAGGAGGGGGCAAUGAUCGAACAGGCCGUCAAGGAAACCAAGGGGCAGAUCAAGCAACGCAGAGAGUCGACUAAAGCUGUUUCGAAUGAUCGUACCGUCACGACCUCCACAAGAACGGAGACUAGACGACAUUUCCACACCAUCGUCGGACUUCCAAAGCUAGAAAAGACGACCUAA